CUGGUGUACGGGCAGAAUAGUGAUUGGUGCAUGAACACCCACAAUAGCUGGCUAUAGGAAUUGAUAGUGAUGCCAAGCUUUUAUUUUGUUGCAGGGGGGUUGUGUUGGUGGUGGUGGGGGUGAUGAUUAUGGUGAGGAAGUAAUGAAGGUUAUAGUGGACAAGGCUUUUUGUCUUGUCCCACCUUCACCUUGCCAAGACCAGCCAGCUUGGAGUGGUCCCCGCCCCUCCAUCAGUGACCCCCAGCAGGUAGGCUACUUAUGCCAAGUGUGUGGUCAGGUCAUCCAGAGGAGAGACAAUUACAGGAGACACCUGCGCCUGCAUUCAGGAAUGUUGCCUUUCCAAUGUCAUCUGUGCCCGCGACGGUUCAACACACGUUAUCAUCUACAGUACCACCUCAAGCGUAGCAAUGUACAUGCUUCUGCCAGUAACACAGACUUGACUAAUGCUUCUGUACCUCCUGAGUGAAGUUGAAAGGAGAGCAAUGCAAGAGUGAAGUUCAUCCUCUACGCAGUAAAUUGUGAUAGUGGUGUUCCUGCAAGAAUGUAAUGCAGAAGAUAACCAAAAGUUGUGGUUUAAGAUUUUAUAAUUUCCAGUAGUUGGAAAUUGAAAUUGGAGGCUGCAGCAAUUGCCAAAGGUUUCCCUUUUGUUUCCUGUGAUUUUUUCAUUUAUAUAUUUUUUCUGGUUUACUUUUUUCCCUUUCAUUUUUUUUUAGUACAUUCAUCAGAGAUACUGAUUAUAAUUUUGACUUUUCAACUUUGCUUUGUAGUUGAAUUGGUAAUACUUACAUGGUUAUGAUGAUGCUAUAGUGCAAGUGUCUCUGACAAGUUGCUACUUGAAAUGGGUGGAUUUUCUAAGAGUUCAUAGUGGAAAGAACUAAGGGGGUCGAUGGGACUAGAAAAUGUGAGCGGCUUGGUGAAACCAAUCUUUCAUUUG